AUGGCCAAUUCCUCAGAAGUUUGGCUUACGUUUGACGCCACGACCUUUGCAGUUGCUCUAUGCGGCUGCGUUUUACUCCUCGCUGUUAUGAGAUCAGCCGUUCUCAAGGAGAUUCUUCGCCAUUGGCACCUUAGUACUUUGCCCAUCUGCCCCCGUUGCGGUGGCCACGUGCAUGCCCCCAGAGGCUCCUUCUCGUCCGCCACCACCUCCCACGAGGGACACUUUGAGAAUGCUGGGGAGGACAAACGGGAAUAA